GACAGGCACGGAAGAAAUGCUGCGGCGCCGGACAUUGCUGACUCUGCUGCUGUUACCUUAGUAGACGUCCUACAGGAACAAACACCCAUAAAAGCAUUUCACAGCCCGAGAGGAGAACAGAGGGCGGCGUGUACCCGAGGAUGGAGCUGCUCACCGAAGAGAGGGUCGAGGCUGACUUUUGCGAAAAAUUAGGAACCUAUUUGGGCACCAUCCAGAGGAUCAUCUUUCCCAUCACCUUCCUCUUCAUCCUCCUGGUCGGGUUGUCCCUUAACCUCUCGGUGAUGUGGAUCCUGGUGUUUCGGAUCAAGCGCUGGAAUAGAAGCACCAUCUUCCUCUUCAACCUGGUCUUGGCCGACAUCACGUGGAUCCUUUGCCUCCCGUGUCUCAUCUACUAUCACUUCAACCAGCUCCACUGGAUAUUCGGAGAUGCCCUCUGCAAGCUGACCCGCACCGUCUACCACACCUGCUAUUACUGCAGCAUCUACUUCGUCACCUGCCUGAGCAUCGAUCGAUACUUGGCCAUCGUGCACCCUCUCAGGUCCCUGAGGCUCCUCAAGAAGUCCCAGUCUAUGAUGGUUUCCUUGACCAUCUGGGCGGCCACAUCUAUAGGUAGCAUUCCCGUCACCUUCUUGGCUGGAACCCAGAUCUGUGAAAACAAUAAAACCAUCUGCUCCCUAUACGUGUUCUCUAAAGACACUGGGGUGACCCUCCCGUACUCGCUGUUCUCCACCACCAUAGGUUGUCUCCUGCCCUUUGCCUCCAUAUGUUAUUGUUACUGCAGUAGUGUGGGGGAACUGAGGAGGGCUGAGAUGCAGAGGCUGAAGAGGAGAGACCUACUGACCAAGCUGAUGUGCUCCGCGCUGGUGAUCUUCGCUCUCCUCUACCUGCCCUAUCACGCCUCCAGGAACUGCUGUAUCAUCCUAAGGGCGUUCCGGCCCUAUGUCCCCCUGGUUAUCCAGCGAGCGGACGCCUUCUUCUUCAUCGAGAUGGCGGUGUGCAGCCUCAACACCUGUAUCAACCCCUUGUUCUGCUUCCUUGCUGGGGGCGAUUUCCGAGAACAGGUCUACAAAAUCGCACGUUCCAUGCCGCCCUUCAAGAGAUGGAGGGUGGGCAACAGAAGGGUGACCGUCUGCCCCAGAUGAAGGGUCCUGGGGGUCUAACUACAUGGACCUGUUGGGUCUCAUGAUAAUAUUGGGCAAUUGCGCACAAAAUUACUUUCCAGUUACAUCCGAAAACCCGUAACUGGAUCCUACUGGGUCGGAUCAGGACGUUGUUAUGCAGCUGAUCUUGUUGGGGGGCCCAAGAGUUGGCCCCAAUAUUACAAGGCAUUGCCCUCUAGAAGA